AUGACACAAAUUCACUUCCAUGUUUUAUUGUACAAAACUCAUGCACCCUUGAGAAUUUACAGUCAAAAUGGAUUUUAUAUUCACAUUGACCCUCAAUUACAAAUAAAAGCUCAAAGCUCUCAUAAAACAUUCCGAAACUCUGUAGUAGAUAAUGCUACUUCUUUUCUAAAGCAAAAUCAUUUGUUAUUGUAUGCUAUUGAGAAUAGUCAAUGCUUUAAUGAAAGUUUAUCGGUGGCAAAACGUGACACGAAAAAAAGGAAACUUUGUGAUGCCAAGAAAGAUCAGAGACUGAAGCGUUAA